AUGGAAGAAGACGAAAUAGGGGAAGAAGAACCGAUAUACGACGUGAUCAACGACUCGAACGAAAAAAAAUUGAAGAAGACCGUAACAGGUGCAGCUGCGAGAAGAGGAACUUUUAAUCGCGCUCGAGCCUGGUCGACAGAAUCUACGGGAGACAGAAGCAAACUCCUCAUCAGACUUCGAGAAAAAUUUCAUCUCAAGCCUUCUGAAGAGUUACCGCGCAAUGAAUCGUUGUCUGCUACGACGAGCGCAGGUUUUGCUAACUCGAAAGCUGUGGCGGACAAAAGACGGGCACUACGAACUGUGAACCCCAAAACGAGGAGAUCACCUUCGUGGCAUGAAGCAAGUGUCAGCGAGGUGGAAUCAAAGCGUUCUCGUUCGAAAUCUUUGUCUUCUGGGUUUUUUAGAAGGCUUAGGGACAGUAAAAGAGAGGAUAUUUUACCAAAUAGUGACAGGUGUAAACAAGAAAGCAGGUGUUGGUUUCCAGAGGAACUUGGAAAUCCCCACGGGGGAUUACAAAACGGCGCAUUACUACCCGGUCAAGAGACAAGUGAUCCGCACCCCAUGCCCGCCCGUCAACGGCCCACAGGAAGCGAAAAACUAAAGAAGCGUGCUCAGUCUAUAAGUUUUCCUCUUGAUCGAGACUCGCUCAGUGGGAAAGGAGUAAAUUUUCAGGAAAACACAGCUCAACAGUGCCGUAAUGAGCUGCCGUCACUCUCAGAAGACUUGGAGAGACUGUCACAUCUCAGCUGGUACUGGGGUCCUCUGAGCCGAUAUGAGGCCGAGAAAAUACUUGCAGGGAAAUCUAAUGGUACCUUCCUUGUUCGUGAUAGCUUUCACGAGUUCCACUUGUUCAGUGUAACCUUCAGAUCUAAAGGAAGGACCUUACACACAAGAAUUGCAUACGAUAAGGGGUGGUUUGGCUUUAUGGGCCCAGGUGGUGUGGAGACAAAAACAAAUUCUGUUGUUGAUCUUAUGGAAAAAACCAUGAAAAUCUCCCAAAGGAGAAACUUGACCCAUACAACAGGAGGACUUAUAGGUCCCUCUUAUCCAAUUCGGUUCUUGUUUCCCUUUUCAAGGUUUGAGGAGGUUCCAUCUCUUCAGCACCUGUGCAGGUUUGUGAUUCGGCAGAAUUCCAGGUGUGACAAACUGCACGAGCUGCCAAUUCCUGCAAAGCUCAUACGGUAUUUACGGGUAGAGAACCAUUAUCUCCCAGAGGGGGAGACAGAGAACUAA